GAUACGGACGCAUUUUCAGCAUCUUCUCUAUAUAAGACGAGGGGCAAUAGGCUCGGGAUUACUCGUAGUUAGGUCAUCGUCAACUUCAUACGUUAUUUUUUAAAAUAUAAAAUGGCUAAAUUUCUGAUAGUAACAUUAGCAAUAAUUUCGGUGGCUGUGGCUCGACCAGGAUACGGAAGUGUACAUAGUAGUGAAGACUCAGAUAUCAGCCACGAGGAAUACGGCAAUAAGCAUGAGGGACAAGUGAACUGGCACGUCGGCUACGGAGUGGGACACGUUGCCGGCGCAGUACAGGAACAUGCUAGUACUACAGGGGAACAUGGUGGUACUACAGCAGAACAUGCCGGUACGGAACAAGAACAUGGCGCCGGUGAAGUGGGCGUUGGUCAAGCUAGCAACGGCGUCGGCGUCGGCACUGAGCACGCAGCUACCAGUGCGGGGCUUGGUACAGCAAAGGUACAAAGCCUUUACAAUACUGGCACCAGCGUAGGGUUGGCGCUCGCAAAAGCCGGCCACCGUAAACCUAGCGGAUUGGGUCAUGGACACGGAACCACCGGUCACAGCGGAACUAGUAUAGGAGUCAUGAUGUCCAGAGGUGCUGCCCACAAAGCUGCAGCUGCGGCAGGAGUUGGGCACGGCAGCGGUGUAGAAAAAGACAGCCAUAGUUACGGAACCGGUCACGAAUCAACUCACGGCACCAGCACCGGUCAUUCAGCCCACAGCUUCGGUCACGGCUCCGAACAUGGAUUCAAACAAGUAUCGGAGCAUGGAUUCGAAAAAGGAUCGAGUCAUGGACACGGACACGGACACGGUUCUGGUCACGGAUUCGACCACGGACAUGGACAUGGAUACGAACACGGCGGUUAUUUCGGUCACAACACAGGAUACAGUGGUGAAGACUUCGGAGACAGUGGUGAAGAAAGCCACGGAGCCCAUGAACAUUAUUAGAUAAUAGAAUUAUGUUAAGGUACAAAAAUGUUGCAUAGUACAUAAGAAUUUGAACUGUAAGAAAGAAACAUUAAAAAUGAAUGUGAUAAGUAAAAUAUCAGUCAUUGUCCCAAUGUGUUGGCCAAAACAGUGAAA